UCCAGUGCAUCUCCUUCCUCCAUCUGUAUUACCGCCUGUACCGGGCAGUGAAGACAAUCUGCCCUCCGUCUCUUGGGGCUGACAGGAAUGUUAUCUAUGCUAUCGGAUUAGCCUUAUCGUGUUGAUGUAAUGUGUAAUGCAAGUAUCAUUGUACGUGUACACUAUCUACACUGUUUGUGCUCCCCGCUGUUCGUUGACACCUUCGUGGUAUUGUCCUUUUUAAUCACCUCAUGAUCCAGUAAUGGAGAUCCGCCACCCGCUUUUCUACAUUUGUGUCGUUACAGGAAGACGUUAACACGUGUAAUGCUGCGGAAAUGUCGUCCAAUAUCGAGGACUUCUGUGAGAUUGUCUGCAGUGUGCGCAUCAGCCACACAGUAGUUGGACCGGAAACGUGUAUUUAUGGCAAGCGGUUGUGGAAUCCUUGCCAUCUGCGUUCGUGUUGUAUCGGCGACGGCAAUCGAACUUAUCACAUCAGGAGUGAUAACUGAUAAGGAAGCAUAUCGUUAUCUCUUGUCAAAUUGGUCGGGUGGCAUCGGCGCGUGACGUGUCAACAAAAUGAGUGAGGAGUUCCCUAUGUCUACAGUUUGCUUCCGGUGCUUCUAGAUGCGAUUGGCCCGGCGGCUUUGAUUAGCAACAAUCCGUUGGUCAGACUGUCAUCACAAAUCGAAGAGUCUGUUGCCUUUGGCAUGAUGACUGAUGGCGGCGCACCUGGGCUGGAGACGAAGAGCACAGAGAAACGAGGAAAGGCGUCACACCGUCGCAGAACGGAGAAGAACAAAGGCAACUCUGUCGACGAGGAGAUAGUGGACGGAUUUGCAAUGGCGUCGUUUGCUUGUCUUCACGGAGAUGAGAUCCAGGCUGCUGGAGCGACGGCAGACAGCGUUAUCAUGUCGAAGAGAAGGGACGAGCAGGCGGUCGUGUCUCAAAAGCGGAAGGCGUCGCCUAAUCGAGACAAGAGCAAAGCUAAACAUCGUGCAAACACCAGUGGAGAAACCAACAGCUCAGAUGAGAGCCUAGGAGGCAGUUCGGGAGCAAGAAGCAAGCAAUCAAGAAAGAAAGGAAAGUGUGAUAGUGAGAGUGAAGGAGAUGUCAAGGGGUGUGAGAGUGAGCACAGUGAUCAAGUGAACCACCAUCGAAUGCUUAGACCUGGACCUGGAAACUUGAAUGAUCUAUUCAAGGUAGCAGCCAAAGAGAGAUCAAACCUCAAGAAACAAAGUUCUAGUUUGGAGUCAGAUCAAGGCAAAGCAAGUAAAUCGAGUGUUUCGUCUGCUGCUGGUGCCCCUUCAAGAGCUCCCUACCAACCAGGAGAUUCUAAUUCAUCAAAUUUUGAAGGAUCAAAGAAGGCUGGGGUAGCAUCAGUAAGCCACCCACAUUUUCAAGUUCCUGACCAUGUGCCUCCUGAAAUGGCUGCUGCAUAUAUUAUGCCUCACCGAAGUCCUUUUCCUAUUGGAAUCCCUGUCACUUCGUCAAGUUAUGGCUUAUUUACUGAACAGCAACAGGCGCAACACCAGAAUCAACAAACAUUGGUACAAGCUCAUAUACAGCACCAGCACCAGCAUCGUCAUGAGCAUCAACAUCAUCACCAACAUCAGCAUCAAUUCUCUUUGCAUGGAUCACAUCAUCUGCCAGCUCCUGAGCAUUUAUAUGGAGGCUCUGUAAUACCACCUACUGGACCCUCUGCAAUGCAUUUGGGACUGCCCUAUGGCAUACACAGCGGUCUGUCUUUGAGUAGCUCUGUUCCAUUUGGUGUUGGACCAAGCGCAUUCCAGCCCAAGAAACAUGGUCAUUGGUGUGCUGUUCAUGGUUAUAUUGCAUGGUACAUAUAUCAACACAAACAACAACAGAAGUACAUUAAAGCACAUGUAGAAACACAGAAAGAAUAUCAGGCUAAAGUUGAGGCUGCUGCUAGUCAAACAUCUAACUUGGGUGUCUAUAAUUCUGCUAUAGCUUUUCAUCCUAAAGUUCCUGUUCCUGGACUAGGGGUGAUGCCUGAAGCAGUUAGACCUAUCAUUCCUCACGUGUUGGCUGAAGAUAGACAUACUGAAUCACAUGAUGGUGUUCGUGGAUUUCCACUUCAGCCCAGACCUCACCCAGUUGGCCUUACUAGACCAUUAGAAAGUGAAGGCUCUAGAGCUGCAAUGGUUUAUGGAAGUUAUCCUACACUGAAUAUGGGCAAAGAUGGCAGAUCUUUCCACCCAUUGUAUUCAAUGAUGCCAUGGAAUAUGCUGAAGAAAGAGAAGGCUGAUGAACUUCAUGAAAAUAAGGAACUUGCUAAGGAAGGAAAGAAAAAAUUGCAAGAUAAACGAAACUCUGAUUUGGAUCACUCUUGGAGUGGAGUAGAUACUUCUGUAUCUGCACAUCACGGAUUUGACCAUGUAAAGAGUUCAUCGAGUGCAUUCAGCAGUGUUGGUAGUGGACCUAGUAUUGGGUCUGGAUUGGGUAUUGGGGCCUUUGUCAAUCACAGCAGUGCUGCAUCAGUUGGUCCACAACAUAAUUCUAGUAAAGCAACUGUAUUCUCAGGAGGUGUAACAUCAACCAUGCUCAACAGUAUGAAGUCCGAUUCUAAAUCUGAGUUAGAGGAUAGACCUGCUAGCAAAUUGAGAGAGAGUCCCAAGCGUUCAUCGACAACUCGAGGAAUCGCAGCUUCUCCAUCAUCACCAAAAAGACCUACAACUCAGCACUCACCUUCCAUAAGUGCACCCGUGAUACCCAGACAAAUGGUCUUUGGGAAUUCUCCUCAUAUGCAAUCUUUUGGUCUAACCCCAGGACAUGUGUUUGGAGGCGCCAGUCCUUUUAUGGGAUUCCCAGGAAUGGGACCAGGAGGAAUGAUGAUGCCAACGUUUGGCAACCCCAUUGGAAUGUUGAAUAUGCAUCCAGCAGCAGCUGCAGCAUGUUUUGGACAACAUCCAUUGAUGAGUUUUGAAGACAGAUCUCGAAUACCAGUGACAAAGUCAUAAUCAAAUGUGCACUGGUUUUAUAACACUGAGCAUUGGGUUUUAGAAUACAAGAGUGGUAGUUUGCUGCUAGCAUAUAUGCCAGUAGCUUGUGUAUGUAUGUAUGGGCACAUGUUUGUCAUAUGUACUAGAUAUUAUGUGUAUGCAACCUGUGCGUUGCCCUGUUAUUAACUGUCUAGUGGACACACCAUGACUUGACACUGUUGUGUACAUCAUUAGUUAUAAUUGCUGUUAUUGGUAGUUGUAUCAUAUGUAGGUAAUAUAAUACAGUGGUACUGAGA